UUGCCAAGUUACAAGAAUUUUAAAGGAACGAUAGAUGAAAUAAGUGAUAAUAACAGAUACCUCGUUAGUGGUGAGAUAUCGAUACUGGAUGAUAAUUCUAUAGAAAUAUCAGAGUUACCUAUCAGAACUUGGACUCAGGCUUAUAAAGAAGAUGUUUUGGAGCCAAUGUUACACGGUACUGAUAAAAUAGCAGCCAUGAUAACUGAUUAUAAAGAAUACCAUACAGAAUCAACGGUGAGAUUCGUCAUCAAAAUGUCACCGGAAAAACUGGCCCAGGCAGAAGCUCAAGGUCUACAUAAAGUUUUUAAAAUCCAAUCCAAUAUUUCAACACAAUCUAUGGUUUUAUUUGAUCAUAUGGGAUGUAUCAGAAGAUACGAGUCAGUUUUAGAUGUAUUGAAAGAUUUUUACGAACUUCGUUUGAAAUAUUACGGCAAACGUAAACAUUUCAUGGAAGGGAUGUUGGCUGCGGAAUCAUUGAAAUUAGAUAACGUAGCAAGAUUUAUCCUAGAGAAGAUCGAAGGAACCAUUGUUAUUGAAAAUAAGAAAAAGAAGGAGAUUAUAUCGAUGUUAACCAGACAUGGAUACGAUAGUGACCCCAUCAAAGCUUGGAAAGAAGCUAUUAGCAAGGAUGUGGUUAGUAUGGUCUAUUCUCUAGGCGAUAGUCCAGUCAUAAAACCCUUAGUUUUAGUAGAAUUGCAAGUACUAUAG